AUGGAGGAGGCGGGGGAUCCUGAAAGCGAUCAGAAGGGGAAGGUCGGAGAUGAGGAGAAGACGGAGAAGAGCGGAGAGGAGGACAAGACGGGCUCGUCCUUUGCUCCUGCCGAGGAUGUGGGGGCGGCACCGGGCAGCGUUGACUUCUACAUCUCGUACCGCGAGAAGGAUCCCUACGGGUACUCUGACUGGGAUGUUGCCUCGAAGAUCGCAAGCGUGCUGCAGAAGGAGAAGAGGAGCGAGGACGAGAGCGUCUCCGUCUUCCUCCCCGACGGCCACACGUGGCAGCAGCGGGUCCAGCUCGGGCUGGGGCCCGCGAAGAACGUGCUGCUGGUCGUGUCGGAGGACGGGCUGAGGAGGAUUUACGAUGCGCACAGGAGCGAGGACGUGAUGCUGCUGGAGUACGAGUACGCGCUUGCAGAGAAGCUCAAGGGGCUGAAGCGAGUCCUCCUGAUCCUCCUGCAGGACAAGACAGGCUCCAAGUUCUCCUCCUUCGGGCUGGACAACUUCGCACAUGGGGAGGUCGCCAAGGUCGGGCAGCCGCCAUGUCACAAGAGCACCAAUAGCGCGAGGCUGUGGGACAACGGGGAGAAAGGGGACCUGCUCUUCAAGGAGAGGAAGGCAGGAGAGCACUCGGUGCGAGAGACCAUGGCGGCGCUGUUCCGGCUAACCGGGCGGCACACGAGCAGCAAACCGUCGGAGUUGAAGACGCUGGUGCCGGAGAUGAUGGCGAUGCUUAUGCUGAAGAUGCCGCAAGUGCCGACGGAGCGAUCCCUGCUGUCUAAGAAUGUGAAGCUGGAGCAGGAGGGAGAGGGCCUGAGGAAGAUGUUCGAGGGGCUGGGGGAGGAGACGGCUGCUGUGCUGCCUCUGCUCAAGAUGAAGUUUGGGAUCGGAUCGAUCCAUGACCUGUCGAGCCUGUCAGAGAAGCAGCUGGAGGAGGAGCUGGAGGUUGACAGCGGGAAGAUCGUGCUGUUCGACAAGAGCUGGCAGGUGCUGUUUAUUGAGAACACCGUCUCCUCCAUCGACGACGCGACUCUCGCUCGAACCGUGAGCAAGCUUAAGCUGCUGGGGCUGGAGGCGGCGGUACCCGACGCUGAGCAGCAGGAGCAGCUGUCGGAGAAGAUGUGUGUCACUGCCCUCUUCUCAACCUCGGGGGCGAACAUAAUCGGGAAGAGGAUGGAGGUCGGAGGAGAGGAGAGGAUGAUACUGUCUGCUACCGACGCACUCGUUCUUCGCAACGUCGCCCUCACAUGCUGUGUGGCGGCUGCUGGGCUGACCUGCUGGUCAGGUAGAUGA